AUGGGGGCACAAGUGGGGGGUAUUCCAGGCGCAGGAGAAACCCCCCCACCCCACCCAGCCCAGCCCAGCCCAGCCCAGCCCAUCCCAUCUCAGUCCAGCCCAACCAUGGGCCAGUUCUCAUCCGGGGACUUGUCCGCGGAUGGGGAAGAAGACACCCGCGAGGAGGCGCUGGCGGCAGCUCAGCAGCCUGGCGUCCCUGAUGGAAUCACCAAUAGGUACGCCACCGGCGCCGGUGACCCUCAGCAGCAGCAGCAGCAGCAGCAACAGGCGCCAACUGGCCCGAACGGGGUGCCAGCUGGGCCACAGCAGUCGUCGGCCAUCAGACCAGGCUACAACCGGGCUGAGUCAGCACAGCCCGAUUUGUCCCUCAAUUUGCGCCAGCAGCAGCAUAGCAAGACCAUCAGUGCCCCAACGUCGCCAUCUAGAACUGGUGGGCAGAGCUUUUUGCAAAAGAUGACCAAUUUGACCAGGGAUGUGGUUGGAAAAGUGGAUUCAGUUGCCAAAGGAGGUGCUCCUGGGUACAACAGAGACCGCUGCAAGAUCCUGCUGGUGAUUGAUGACCAAAACACUGAUUGGUCCAAGUACUUCAGAGGCAAAAGGCUUCCUGGAGACUAUGACAUCAGAGUGGAACAGACUGAAUUCAAGGACAUCUCUGUGAGCUCUACAUCUGAACUUGGCACCACUGUGUCCAUCACUGGCUUCAAGGCAGGCUCCAAAACUGUCAGGCAAGCAUCAUCUCAAAACACAACCAACCCUUGCUUCAGAAGGACUCAUUGA